AUGUCUGCAAAUCUGCAGUGUGCCUCAUGCCUCCUUCCUCAGGAUAGCGAACACGAAAAGCGACGGAGCAUAGCCAACGUCAUGUACCUAGAAUGGGAUGAGACUUGGGACAAGCGCUAUACGCCUCGAAGUUACUCAGUUCAAGAUGAGUCUCUUAAAGAGCGCACACCUUUCCAAGCUUUCGACUACAUGAGACUUCCCACCGAACUGCGAUUCACGGUGCUCGAGACUUUGAUCGGACCAGCUAUCUGGCCACGAGCAAAAGUUGAGUGCCGCAACUGCUAUGUCAACGACAACAGCAGCGAACCAUGCUACGCGCUGCUCAGAUCACAAGGAGAACGUAGUACCGUUGACGACGAGACCAUCAUCUAUGACUCGGAAGAUGAGGAACUACCCGCGCUCAUGAGUGUGAGCGAAAUUGAAAAGUCCGAAACGUGCGUUCACGUCGCACCCCUGGAGAACGAGCCUGAAGGGCUAGCAAGUCUUACCUUCCAAACCGCUGGCUGGCCCAAGAACAUCGGCAUUGAUGUACCCUACGAAGUCACCAAACCCACGUACGGAUGCCGCAAACCACAACGGCUGGGUCCUGAUGUGACUUCCACUGAUUGGCUGUCAAGAAAAAACUCACAUUGGAUAAGGAGCCUUCUCCUGGUCAGCCGGCAGUUCAGCUUCGAGUUCCAGAAGAUGCUCUGGGAGUCCACCGUUAAGCGCUACACCCGUCUCCACACUAUGGGUACAUCUAUCCCGCUACUUCAGUCGGUGAGAUCCACGACUGGCUUCAACACCCUCAGUCGAUUAGCACUCAGCAUGAGCAACAGCCAGCUAUUCCGUCUCUUAGGUUUCCGAAGCAGUUGGAAGCGCGGAUUCAAGCCUUGUACUUCGUCUGGGGAAGUUACCCUCGAUAUUCUCACUAACCUAAACCUUGACCACUUGCAUUUCGACUUCCAGAUCCCCAAAAAUCCGUUUAGCGACGGCACUCUUCACAUCAACGACCCGUGGCGUCAUGUAUAUGACACGCUUUGCAAGACAGCUUCCUGUCAGAGGAAGUUUGUUGAUCUGUUCUUUACGUUGGCGUUCGAUCGCCUGAGGAAUGUGCCAAAGGUGACCUUCUCUGGUUACUUCAAAGAGAGCAACGUUGAAACAUGGGAGGGAAUCUUGGCGGUAUCGCGGAGGACUCUCGAUUACGACAUCGCUUCGAAGGUAUCAACGAUCAUGUCGAUGCCUGCUGACAAAUUGUAA